CUCAGUAAUGUUUUGAAAAUUUAUUUACCUGCGCAACCUGCAGCUGUCGGAUUAAGGAUGGGUUUGGAGUGCUAUACAGUAUUGGAAUGUAUUGGAGAAGGCUCAUUUGGUCGUGUUUUUCGUGGCAGAAGGAAGGAAACAGGACAGAUUGUAGCCAUGAAAUUUAUACCUAAGGUUGGAAAAAGUGAAAAUGCUCUUAAGAAUCUGAAGUUGGAAAUUGAAAUAAUGAGGUCAAUGCACCACACUAAUAUAAUUGAAAUGCAGGACUCUUUCGAAACAGAAAGAGAGGUUGUAUAAAUUUGCAUUUUUCGAAAUAUUAGCACCAUAGGUUGUUGCAAUAACUGAUUAUGCAGAAGGAGAUCUUUUUCAGAUAAUAGAGGAUGAUGGACGACUCUCUGAAGAGACUGUAACUUUGUCGCUUGAAACUUACUGUUUUAGGUCAGGUCUGUGGCCUGUCAGUUGGUGUCAGCCCUUUACUAUCUUCAUGCAAACCGCAUUUUGCACAGAGAUAUGAAACCACAAAACAUUCUUUUGGGACAAGAUGGAGUUGUUAAACUCUGUGACUUUGGAUUCGCUAGAGUUAUGGGUUGGAAUACACUAGUCCUUACAUCUAUAAAGGGAACUCCUUUGUAUAUGGCACCAGAAAUCAUUGAGGAAAAGCCUUAUGAUCAUACUGCUGACCUCUGGGCGCUAGGCUGUAUACUGUACGAAUUGUUCGUUGGCACCCCGCCAUUUUAUACGAACAGUAUAUUUCAACUUGUUAAAAUGAUCACAAAGACUGCUAUUCAGUGGCCACCUGAUAUGUCAUCAGUUUUCAAAGACUUUUUGGCGAGACUACUUCAAAAAGAUGUACGACAACGAUUGCAGUGGCCAGACCUUUUGGAUCACCCAUUUGUUUGCGACAAAAUUGAAAUUUCACCAGGUGUGCGUUUACUUUCCAGUCCGCUAACACAACCAUUGACGCCAAGUCAGCUGGCAGAAAAAGAAAGGCAAAGGUUACUAAUGCUGAGACCUAAUGGAUCAAGAGUGCUCAGACGUGCUGGUGGUGACCAGUUCAGUAAACUUAAACAAGUUAAAGAAGAAGAUAAACUGGACGAUUCUAUGGACCAUCGCCGUGGAAAAUCUGCUGUUAGAGAUUCACCAGGAUCAGAUAUGAAGAGUAAUGCUGUUGACAAAAGGCACUCCAAAUAUGUCUCAGAUAAGCCUCCAUUGUCAAAAUUAGGAGAGAAAGGUAAAAUGAUCAGACCUAAAUCUCACACAAAGGCUAUCGAGGAGCAACAAGAAUUACUUAGAAGACCGAAUUCAGCAGAUAAUGAUGGAGCAGAAAACGAACAAACUGCACAAAAUGCCUCAAAUAAGCGACCACAAAGCUGUGAUGCCUUGAAUUCAGAAAAGAAAAUUCCAGACUGGUCUCAAGUUGAAGAUACUUCAGUAGAACCUCCAACUCCAAGGGAGAAUCGAAUAUCCACUGACUAUGAUCGUGAAAAUGCAGUACAUGAACGUUGUCAGCAAAGGUAUCGAGAAGUCAGUGAAACAGAUAGUAGGCAGUAUUCUGUAGAAAGUGAUAUACGUUUGUUGGAUAACACAAUUAUUGAUGGUGUUGAUGAGAAAGGUAUUGUAAAAUACAAUCGCUCAGGUAUUCGUAAACAAAGUUCACUUGAUGCACUCGACAAAACAUCGUCUAGGACACAUCGUGCAAUGGAAUAUACCGGUUGGUGGUUACGAGCUAGUGCAGAGGCCUGGGAACGUUUAGCUGAUGCAACAGACAUUGAAUUUCCUCAUCCACCUGGAUGUGAAACAGAAAGUACUCGACACUCUUCAGAAAUUAAUAGACAGCCUAAACGCAGAACAGCACUCAGUUUACUCUGUGAUAAUGAAUUCGGUCAACGAUUGUCAUUAAGAUUAGCUUCAGCUUCUGUCAUUACUGAUAAAGCUGCUUGGAAGUCUAUACAUCCAUGGGCAUCAGCUUUAAGUGAACGUUCUUCAUCUAUAGUUCAUAAUCGUCCAGUUUCUGCGGGAACUAAUCAGACUAAAGAGUUAUCAGGUGAUGCAGAAUUUGGACUUGAAGCGGCCGCCUAUCUAAGGACAUUACUACGUUUAGUCACAAAUUUAAUCACAGUUAAAUGUGAUGUCACAAUUAUUGUACAGUUUUGUGAGGUGACAGAAUUACCUGUACAGUUGAUAAAAUUAAUGCAAUCCUUCCUUAAUUGUACACAAUUGCAUCAAAAAAUGUGGUAUGAACAGAUCCUGUUAGAUCUUAUAAUAGCAAUGAAUGCAUAUUUUGUCAGUGAAAUUGGUCAACGACAAAAUAUCCCACGUUCUGUAUUACAAAGUUAUACUGAACACGCACUUUGCUUUAUUGAACUUGUACCACGGCUUGUGAAUCAGGAAUGUGAUAAGGAAUUGCAUUUACGCGAUCAAACUUUACUUUGCAUUCGUUAUUUAAUUGAACGUAUGGUUGAGAGACCUUCAUCAAUUGUUGAAGAAUUCUUCGCUGAACUGAAAAAACAUCAUCUACAGACUAUAAAAACUCUUGUACUAAUGCCAUCAGUCAGUCGGUAUAGUAUAGCUGAUGCUGAUGUUAGUCGGUUAGAUGAUAUUCGUGAGCAUGCUAUGGGUGCUUUAACUGCUUUCACAUGCCCCUUCUCUACAGUAUGCUUGUCAAAUGAUCCGUCAAUUGAUCCAGACAGUAAUACAUUUGGUGCAAUCACAAAACCGGGGAAAUUUUCAAUACGAACACACGAUAUUGCUAUGUUCAUUGCAAAUCAACUAUGCCAACCAGAGUUAGAAACACAUUUACGCGUUUAUAUUUCGUAUCUGUGGGUUAGUCGGUUAUGUAUACAUACAGCAAAAGUAUUUUAUGACUGUGUACAAGCUGAUACAUUAUUUGCUCAUUAUUGUAUCAAAAAGUUUCCUAUAUACUUGGAAGCUCUGUUGGAUUUAUUACGUGGUAGUGUUUCAGUUUCAAAGUCGGAACGUGUGACUUUAGUAGAACUGGUUAUGAACUCGUUAACUGCACUGAUUAUUCAACUGGGUUAUGUACCUGAAUUGAUAUUACAAAACAAGGCACAAUUUUGCAAAAUGCUUGUUGAAUCACACGUUCCAAGUCAUGCGGCUGCAUCAGCUUUGCUGCUAUCUCAAAUUUAUGAAUUACAAGAGUUUAAAAUACCGGCUAAACCUCAUGAUAUUGUACAAGCAAUGUCGCUGAUUCUCGUAUCACCUAUUGCUCAGAGUCAAACAGCACGUAAUCGACUAUUGGCUGCUUUAAGCGAAUCAACACCACGUAAUGUUGGUAGGUCUAAUUCAAAAGAGAAUGUCGGUGAAUCUCAGGGUGAAAUGGAUCUUCUAAUGACCUUCGGUUUACCACAAUUAUUAUGGCCAUCUAAUCAUGGCUGGCUUGAUGGUUUGUUUGACUUAGCUCAAAUAAUGUGUACACAGGCUGGUAAUAUCAUUUGUCAAUCACUUAUGGAGUUUCGAAUACCUGAAAGGAUAUGGCAGUGUUUAGAGCAAAUAUUUGAUCUUCAUAAAUCAGCUGGUUCAUCAGUAGACAGCGAGCAUGCAGUUGACCUGGUUAUGCUAUCCCCAAGGGGAAUACUAUCAGCUUUAAAUUUAGCUGCAACAAUUUUCUCAAAGAAACCAAAAUUAUGUAUCGAAACGUUGUUGUGUAAUCAAAGUCAAAUGUUAUCUGUUCUCAAGCAUUUCUUUACAAGUCAGUGUAUCGAUGAUCUACGUCGUAGUUCUUGGGCUGCAUUGCAUCCAACCAACUUGAUCCUGGAUAUUCUUAGUUCAUGUGCUCAUUUAUUGUACUUCCCGUUUAAAACUGGUGAUGAGGAUUAUAAAAUCGCGUUGACCAGACUUUAUUUGGAGAAUCAAAUGUUAGCUCAUUUUAUGCAUACAUUAUGCAAUAUCUGCAACUUAACAAAAUCUUAUACCCCUUUAAAACAAACUACUGCGCAUACAACAAUUGUUGACAAUAAUAAUAACAAUAAGCAUAGAAAUAAUGAUGGUGAUACACUGACAUUGAAAUCAAUAGAAAAUGAUCCAGUCCUCUUAUCGCAUACUCAAUCCAUCCUAAUGGUUGCAUUCAAGCUAUGCUGUGAUCCAAUUAACUUGCAUGGUACAGAUAACACAGAUGAGAUUAUGUAUCAGUAUAGUGUAUAUGAUAUAAUUAAUGAAGAGGGAUUGACUUGUCGAAAGAUACUCGGUAAACAAUUGAUCAAUUUACUGUUUGGAUCUGAUCUAGAUGAUUAUGAACCUGAAGUGAAAGCGAUUCAUGAAUUGAUUCAGUGGUGUUUUACAUCACCUAUCAAAGAAAUUCAAUGGGGAUCGUGUGUUCUGCUAUCACAGUUCUUAGCAUUUCGAAUUUUAGAGUUAUCUGAUCGUAAAAGAGAUAGUCGUCCAGUUAAACCUGAUCAAAUGAAAAUUGUCGAAGAAGGCCGUACAGCUGGAAAUUUAGUCUGGUCGCUGUUGAUCCCAGUCGAUAAACCUGAUAUAGAAACUCCAGACAAUUUGUUAAAUCUCAUCAAAGAUUCACAUACGAUAACGGCUAUACAUGGAUUGAGUUUAUUAAAUAAUCUAAUGCUUUGUAUGUAUAUCGAAUCAAAUAUGCGUGAAAUCCUGCCACAGUUUACCAAUGAACUGCAAUGUCAUCAGAUAUGUCGUUUCCAGUUCAAUGUUAAUAGUCCAAUACCAAGGCGUAAACAGUUGCUUGCCUCCUCGAGAACAUGUAUUCUAUUGGAUAGUAAACAUUCAACAUGGUUCUUUGAUCAACCACUUGAUAUAUGCGUUCAACACCUGCAUCAUAAUUGUUCAGUUAUACGACAGUAUGCUUUAUUGUGUAUAGGCAAUGCUUUAUUUCUGUCGAAUGAAUUCUGUCCUGUUGUGCUACCGGCUAUACCUAGGAUUGUUUCACUGCUAACGGAAGACACUUCAUCCCGAGUUCGAACUAAUGCCGCAGCUAGUCUCGGGAAUACGUGUUAUCACGUAGAUCAGUUGUAUGAUUCUCUUUGUAAAAAUAAUGUUCUCCAUGCUCUCUUAGAAACUGGAUGUUUAGAUGGUGAUCGAAGAGUUCAAGAAGCUGCCUUAGCAGCAUUACGUGCCCUCUGUUUAGUCGAUGAUCGUUUACGUCAGGAUUUAUCCAACAUGAAUACAGUGAAGAGGUUGAAUGAUAUGCAGGCUAAUUUGAAACACAUUGGUUCAAAUCGUUCAGGGCGUAAAUCAAGCGCUAGAAGUCGUAUGUCAAUCACACAAUUAGGCUUGAUCGAUUACGAUGUAAUUUCUCAGCAUGCUACAACUAUCUGUAAUUUGCUGUCGACAAAUUAAGUGCAGUGGUGACUAACAAACAGCAUAGAUUUCAUUAAUGUUAGAAGACGAAAAUAACCAAACGAUAACAAAAUGCGAUGACUAAUUCACUUGCUUUAAUGGUGAUGACUAGUCGACUUGUUUUGUAACGUGACAGCAGAAGUGUCUUUCGGCGUCUCUCUCUCUCUAACCAACCAUGGUCUCUAUUUUUAAAGCUAUUCUGUGAUGAUUUUUUGUGCCACAAUGAGAAAUAGUACUAAUGCUAGUGAUAACAAUAAUAACAACAACGCCACCAGAAUGUAUAGUCCUCUUUUUUGUUAACCCCCUUUUUUUUAAAAAUUACCUUAUUUGUUUAUUUUUAUUGGCAUAAAAAAUAUGUUUUUAUACGCAAUAAUGUUUUUUUCCUUGAUAAUAUUUUUAUAUAUGUCAUGUAUAAUAUUCUCUACCGACUACCCUGUGUACAUGACGUGACACAUACAUAUAUUUAUAUGCAUGUAAGUUGUCUUUAACUACACUUUACUAUCUUAAAGGAAAAUAGAUCUGUUGACAUGACUACUCGCCUGUAUCCUGAUGACUGUUACUGUUGUCAUUAUAUUGUAAUUUCGAUCAUCUAUCGAUUCGUGUAUUUGUAUUGUCAUUUCUUCUUCUACUGCUGAUGAUGACGAUGAUGAUGAUUCAUCUAUUCACCCUCUUGUUUUGUUUUUGUUUUCGCUAUUUGAAAAAAAAAUUCAUUCUCCUCCAUUUUUUGUAACAAAAUGAAAAUGAAAUAAAAUCUGUUUUCGUGUUGUUGUUUCUUUCUCAUUUUUUUCCUAUAUGAAAGUGUUAUUCGCUGAGCUCAGAGUUAAGAUUUUCGGAAAACAGAGACUUAUACGUGAUUACGUGAAGGUAGGCGUGGUGAGUGUG